UGCCAAGUCUCCCGUUUUUCAUGGGGAAACCCCCGGAUUUUAAUCCGUUUCCUGCUGUUAUCCCGAAUAGAAAAAAAUCCCGUAAAUCCACCGAUUUCCUACCUGCCAGGGAGGCUCCUUCUGCGCAUGUCUGGACAUGCGCACAACCAAUUUUGGGUGCCGCUCUGCCCAUGUCUGGGCACCAGAAAUUGGGCAGUGCCAGCACCGGAAGUUGCUUCUACGCAUGUCCAGACAUGCAUAGAAGUGACUUCCGGUGCCACGCCGCUGCUGAUCCCAGAUUUUUCAACGGGAGACUUGGCAGCUAUGCCUCAGUUGUUGAACGCUUUGGAAGUCGAAUGUUUUGGCUUCCGAACACUGACAACCCGGAAGUGAAUGCUUCCGUUUCCGAACACACCUCAGAAGUCGAAUUGCUUCCGAGGAACGUUUCUCAGUUUUUUCAAUGGAUUUUGCCGACCGCCCAUUGUGCCUCGGUUGUCGAACGUUUUGAAAACCGAACAGUCUUCCGAAAUGGAUUACUUUUGACAACCGAGGUUCCACUGUGUUGUAACUUUUAACGGUUCCUCUAUCUGCAUUUAGAGAACUCAUCAAUCAUUUUAGGGGAAGUCUAAGUCACAAACCUGGUUUUAGUUUUUUCUUUCCCACACUGGAAACUUCCAUUUCCUAGUCACAAGCUGCGUGUAAAUGGUCUUUCUUGAAAGUGUGGUGAAAAAUUCCACCCCCACUGAUGAAACCAUUACAUGAAAAGGCUGAAAUUACUAAGUUCAGCUCUCAAGCAACUUGCAAAUCAUUUGAAGCUGCAUUGCUGAGGUCAAAGCUUGCAAUUUGCCCUCUGUGCUCGUUUCUCAAUGGAAAGCAACCAGUUGCAGUCUGUUUACACUUCAGUCCAAGACUACUUGAAACACGUUUGUGGGGAUGCCGAGCUGGAAGCUGCCCCGAGUCGAGUUGCCCAAGUCUUGGCAAGAGUAGCACCUUCGCUUCAGGAAGACGUGGAAGAGAAGAUAAAGCCACUUUGGAGCUCCAUCGAGAUCAGUUCUGUCGAGGAGGCCAGCGGCAUUUUCAACCAGGUGAUGACACAGGAAUUUGCCGACGGGAACACCAACUGGGGGCGGAUUUUGACAAUAUUCGUCUUCGCAGGAAUUAUCGCAAAGAAGUUGCAACAGCACGGAGUUCCUUUGACAAGAGAAAACAUGGAGCCGAUUUGUCACUGUGUCACUGAAUUUAUAAACACCAAAGCUACGUGGAUCAGCGAAAAUGGAGGCUGGGACGGCUUCCUUGCAAAGUUGGGUGAAGAUAAGACUCCCUGGCUGGCCUUGCACUACAUCAAGACAAAACUCAUCUCUGCUUUCUCGUUCUUCAGUCAAUAUUACUGACAAACUUGGUUCCUUGGUGACCACGAGCUACUUUUAUAGCCAUGCCUUCCGGGAAGGAUUCCUGCUAUUAGAAAACCGAGACUGCCUUGUUGAGCCAAAGAGAGCCCUUCUUCCUUUCCAUUUCCAAACUUAUUUAUCUGUUAUUUAUUUAUGUUUUUGUAUGCCUGUGUUUGAAACAUUGCAUCUGAUACAAUUCACGGUAAAUCAGAACUGUUAUCGCAUGAUGCGCAGACAGCUUCCUUUAGAUUACAUUAAAUCUUCUCAUAUAAUUGAGUUGAAAUGGUCUCUCUCUCUCUCUCUCUCUCUCUCUCUCUCUCUCUCUCUCUCUCUCUCUCUCUGUGUGUGUGUGUGUAAUAUAUCGGAGGAGAGAAGAAAUAAAUAAUCCAUUAAGACUGCUGGUUGAAAGAAUAAAGAAAGGUUUCCUACUCCUGGCAAACAAGGCUAUUCUGAGAACAAACUUACAAAAGGAAAGUCCAACACUUAACACUGAAGAAGAAGCAGGAAGGAAGUAAAACUUGAGAGAAGAUCUACAGGCAGUUAGUUACUCAGGAAGGGAUCAGCAAGGGAAAAAUAUGCUGUCUUUCUGCCAACUGCCUCCCAGUGGUCCAAGUAGGGCUGCCAUUCAACUGGAAUUUUCUGGAUAUAGCCAGAAUACAGCAGUCUGAAGCAGUGGCUGGGAGGAAAUCACUUAACUGUCAGUAGAUUUUGAUGAAUUUCCUUAAAAAUAGCUCCAAAACUUCAUUAUUCUUUGAGAAUCUGCAAGCUUUCGUGUGCGGAUUUUCACUUUAGGAAAUAAGAGUAUGGCAACCCUACUUAUAACAAGCAUUGUUACUUCACUCCCAGCAUUCCAAAGGUAAACAUGCAACUUACUUUUACUCAGAGUUAGACCCACUGAGAUUCGUGGACCUCAGUUAGUCAUGGCCAUCAAUUGCAAUGGAUCUAACUCUGAGUACACGUUAGUUGACAACCACCCCCAAAUGUUUAAGAUGCUUAUUCCACUGGCACACCUACGCACAAGAGGAAGAUAUCAGCAGGCUAUGGGGAACAGAUGUUUGCAGAAGCACAAUGUGUGUAGAAGUAUGAAAAUCUAUAAGGGGGGGAAACCCUUAGUGAGGGGAAUCCCGAAAACAAUCCGCUGUGGGCUGAGCGUGCUCAGGUGGUUGCAGAAAAUUGGCUUGCUGGAGGGUGGGGUAACAUGUAAAAGAGGGUGAAACAGAAUGGCUGAAACCAUGAACUUCAGUGGCUGAAAGUUUUAAGUGGCUGAAAAUUGGAACUUUGUGGGUUCCAAGGCAGAUAUGGAAAUACCUUCUGGCCCUUCAGAUGCUGCUGAACUAAAACUCCCAUCAUCUCAGGCCACUGGCUAUGCUUGCUGGGGCUGAUGGGAGCUGUAGUUCAGCAACGUUUGCAGGGCCAAACGUCCUCACCCACAGGGUCUCUCUUUCUACAGCUGUUAACCCAGGCAGUGGGGGGCAGCCUCUAUUCUGACCUUGUAACAGAGGGCUAACCCUCCCCUACCCACAUGCUUCUUGUAUGGGGAGAAUCCGGUUCCCCCUAGCCUUGCCAUUAGUUAAGGGGAAACAAUAUAUGCACCUGCCUGCAAUGUUUUGUAAUGAAUAAUAAUAAUAAUAAUAAUAAUAAUAAUAAUAAUAAUUUAUUACUUAUGCCCCACCCAUCUGGCCGGGCCUCCCCAGCCACUCUGGGCAGCUCCCAACAGAACAUUAAAAACACGAUAAAACAUCAAACAUUAAAAACCUCCCUAAACAGGGCUGCCUUCAGAUGUCUUCUAAAAGUCAGAUAGUUGUUUAUUUCCUUGACAUCACGUGGGAGGGCGUUCCACAGGGCAGGCGCCACUACAGAGAAGGCCCUGCGCCUGGUUCCCUGUAGCCUCACUUCUCGCAGUGAGGGAACUGCCAGAAGGCCCUCGGAGCUGGACCUCGGUGUCCGGGCUGAACGAUGGCGGUGGAGACGCUCCUUCGGGUAUAUACAACCAAAGCCAUUUAAAGGUCAGCACCAACACUUUGAAUUGUGCUCGGAAACGUACUGGGAGCCAAUGUAGAUCUCCCAGUAUGUGGUCUCGGCGGCCACUCCCAGUCACGUCUAGCAGCUGCAUUCCGGAUUACUGUAGUUGUAGUUUCCGGGUCACCUUCAAAGGUAGCCCUUUUUCUAAUUUGGACCUUGAAUUAUUAUCAGCCAGCCAGGGAGCAGCUGCAUGUAGCUCUUUAUACUGUGCAUAGUUAAAACACAGAACUCCCUCCCACAAUAAUGUAGUGAUGGCCACCAACUUGGAUGGCUUUAAAAGAGAAUGUGUCAAAUUCGUGGAGGAGAAGGCUCUCAAUGGCUACUAGCAAUGAAUGAUGGCUAUGCUCUGCCCCCAUGGUUGGAGGCGGAAAUGCUUCUGCAAUCAAGGGCGAACGAAGGCGUUGCGACACCCGGGGCAGGGCGUCGCUACGUAGGGCGCACGUGCGGUGUCACUACAUAUGAUGCAUGGGCCGUACGUAGUGACGCCGCACAUGUACUGU